GAAUAAUUUCGCCAGUCAUCACCUUCAUUGUUAUGAUUAAAUGAGAUUAAGGAGUCGACUAUUGACGGAUAUGCGGUCUUCAUCAUUUUGAAAUGCGGGAUGAAACUUUCUGCCACCUGGUGGUUGUUUGGGUACAUUGCCUUAGCCUCGAAAAAAAUCGGCUUGACGGCCUGCGGGAUCUCUUCGGGAGUCCCGCGGGAGAAGGUGCAUUCUCAACCCGUACCCACUGUAUGUGUCCUUUAUGCUCCUAAAUAUGUAGUUAUAAGAUGUGUAUUAUCACAUUAUGUUUUUAUUUGCAUUUUACACAACAUUCCAAUUGAACCCUAAUUGCAGAAUAAAUUGUUUUAAAAUUUGGAUUAUUGAUUUUAGCAAAAUAUUGUCAAGCUAUUUGAAAAUGUAUGUUCAAUUCAACUAUAUAGUCAUUGUUCUGAAUGGAUUCCUUCUGACCCAAUGGUCACCCCAUUAUAGGAAGUGAAAUGAGAUGAACUACUCAGAGGAGGAGGGAGUGGAGACAGACGCCUUCAAGAUGAGUUUCCCUGAGGAGCCACCAGGGGUAGUUACUGAGCAAACUUGGGGAGAAGACAACAUGUUAAAAGACUCUUUGAAAAGGGGGUUCCUUAAGGAGCAGCCAGGGGGCGCUAACGAGCAAGUCUGGACUAAAGGAGCAUUUGGUCCAGAGGAUAUGAGCUCUCCGGUGCCUGGUGGGGGGAGUGUCCAGAAGUUUGCUGCCAGCCCCCAGCUGAGGGAUCCUCCAGGUGAACCAGAGGAGCCGGACAGGUCAGAAAGGUCUCGUUCUCCUGUGCCCAGUGUGAUGUCCAUGAAGACUGACUGGUCGAUGGAUAGGCCAUUGAAUUUAAAAGGACAAGAAACGACCAGAGAUGUGUCAGUUGUCCAGCUGUGUGAUGUUUGCCCAAGUCCAGCGGUGAAGAGCUGCCUGACCUGCAUGGACUCCUACUGUAUGAGCUGCAUCAGACCGCACUACUGUGAUCCAGACCUGCAGAGACACCAGCUGCAGGACCUCCAGCUACACGGGCAUGAUGCCACUGGGCAGGUGGGCACGGAUAGAGACCAGGAUCCCCAAAGAACACACCACAAGUCAUCCAUCAACAAAGAGCAUGUUCCUCCACCUGGACAGAUCCGGUUCCCCUCAGUGACACCAGACUCAGUUACUGUCAGCUGGUCACCACCAGAGGGCGCUCUUGUACCCCACAGCUACAGGGUGACCUGGAGACGAGGCCCAAAGCAACGCAGUGCCACAGUGAAACGUUUGAAGAUGGAGGUGACAGGGCUUCUUCCAGGACAGAAGUACCACUUUACUGUGGCCACCCUUAGUGAAGAUGGCUGCCAGAGCACAUGUGUGGAGGGAUCUGUUCAGACAGAAAUACCUGCGCCAGAGAAUCUCUGUGUGGACCUUCAGACAACACCGGCCUCUGUGAGGUGGACAAAGCCAGCUGGAGUGGACAACGUGUCUUACCUUCUGGACCUGCUCAGAGACGGGGAAUGUCUGAACACAGUUCACACAGACAGUGUUGAGUUCCUCCUGACUGGCCUGCAGCUGGACACAGAGUACACCGUUAGCGUGUCCACUCUACUGGAUGGUCAUCAUGGUCAGAGCCAACCGGUCUCCAAGAGAUUCACAAAUGGCCUGAGAGAGCGCUCAGAUGGUCUCCGGAUAGUGCUGCUGGGGAAGACUGGAGUUGGGAAGAGCUCGACAGGAAACACCAUCUUAGGGGGAGAAGCGUUCGAAGCAAAAGCAUCUGCUGAAUCAGUUACUAGCACGUGUCAGAGACAUUCAGCUGAAGUCUGUGGAAGGCAGAUUACAGUGAUUGACACUCCAGGGUUGUUUGAUACUGAUCUUGAUAAUGAGGACAUCCAGAAAGAAAUCACAAACUGCAUCUCACUGGUGCUGCCAGGCCCACAUGUGUUCCUCUUGUUGUUACAAGUGGGACGCUUUACUGCAGAAGAGAGACAAGCAGUAGACAUCAUUCAAAGCACGUUUGGUGAAAACUCCAUAAAGUACACUAUAGUGCUCUUCACUAGAGGAGAUGAUCUGAAGAAUACACCCAUAGAGGAGUUCCUGGGAAAGCCUGGAUCUUCUCUUAUGAUCCUUACUGAACAAUGUGGUAACAGAUACCAUGUGCUCAACAACAACGAGACCAAAGACCGUACUCAGGUUUCUGCUCUCCUGGAUAAGAUCGACUACAUGGUGGCAGUGAACGGAGGAGGUUAUUACACUAGUAGGAUGUUCCAGCAGGUGGAGAAGGCUCUCCAAGAAGAGAGAGAGAUGAAGAUGAAGGAGAGAGAGGAGGAACUGAUUAGAGAAAAAGAGGCCAUGAGAAUGGAGAAGGAAGAUCUUCAGGCCAAAUAUAAAGACAAAAUGGAGAGAAUGGAGCAGACAGUGGAACAGGAAAGAAAGAAUGCAGAUGAAGAGAAGAUAAGAAGAGAAGAAGAGUUCAGAGAAAGAGAGCAGCGAUUUAAAACAGAAAUGAAAGAGAAAGAACAGCAGAAGGAAAAGAUGCAAAUAGAAAGAGCAAGAGAACAAGAUGAAUGGGAGAGACAGAAUCAACAGGAACGGAAGAAAAGAGAUGAAGAAGAGAAGAGGAGAAAGGAAGAGGAGCACAGUUGGAGUGAACGUUACGAGAAACUUAAAGAAGACAUGGAGAGAAUACAGCAGGAGAGAGGAAAACUUGAGGGAGAGAAAAAAGACCUGCAAGUGAAUUAUAGAGCAGAGAUAGAGAGAAUUGAACAAGAAAGACAAACUCAAGAGAGAGAGGCCAUACAGAGAGAGGACGGAUUUAAAGAGAGAGAACAACAGCUCAAAAUAGAAAUUAAACAAAAGGAGGAACAGGAGAGAAAGAUGAGUGAGGAAAGGAAAAGAGAGCAAGAAGAAUGGAAGAGGAAAAUAGAGGAAGAGAGAAAGAAGCUGGAAGACAAACACAAAGGAGAGAUGGAGAAACUGAAGAAGACUCUGGAGGCAAAACAAGGUGCUCUUUGGUGCAAGGUCAGUAUCCAGAAGUCAAAAAAAGAGAAAUAA